GCCGCCUUCGACCUGCACCAACAACUGCUUGCCAUCUCUCCCAUCCCAGGGACGAAACGACAACUUAUCCACGUUCCCGCGCAACUUGGCUCAAAGUUGAGCUUUGCCUUGUACCCAUGAGGAGUCCACGUCCAGGUCUUCUGGCCCGCCGUUCGUGGACUUGCCUCCAGUGCCGACAUGCCAGUUCAUCAUCCCCCGUUGCCUCGAACCUCCGCACCGGCGGUAACAAGAAGACCAAUCUCCCCGAAUUCCCAGCCAGAACCCGAUUUGCGCCGUCGCCAACCGGAUAUCUACACUUGGGAUCUUUACGGACGGCAUUGUUCAAUUACCUGCUGGCUAAGCGUACUGGCGGGCAGUUUCUCCUGCGAACCGAGGAUACAGAUCAGAAACGCACGAUUCCAGGCGCAGAGCAGAGGUUAUAUGAAGAUUUGCAAUGGGCCGGGUUGCAAUGGGAUGAAGGUCCGGUUGUUGGGGGGCCGUACGGUCCGUACAGACAGUCCGAACGAACAGCUCUUUAUCGCAGCCAUGCCGACGACCUGAUCCAAAACGGCCACGCGUAUCGUUGUUUCUGCUCCGCGGACCGACUUGACGCUUUUGCAAGACAUCGCAGUCAAGCUGGGCUUCCUCCGGGAUAUGACAGAAAAUGCGCGGAUAUUUCCCCCGAAGAGUCCGCAGAAAAGGCAGCUAAGGGUGAGACACACGUGGUUCGAUUGAAGGUGGAGGGAUACCCCAUGUUCGAGGAUUUAGUGUAUGGCAAGACAGGACAAAACCGCUCGCCCAAUAAGUUGGAUCUUAUUGAGCGCGUGUAUGAUGAUCCGAUUCUGCUCAAAUCCGACGGACACCCUACCUAUCAUCUGGCGAACGUUGUGGAUGACCACUGCAUGAAGAUCACCCAUGUUAUCCGAGGCACGGAAUGGAUGUCCUCAACCCCGCUGCAUGUUGCGCUGUAUAAUGCGUUCAAAUGGACACCCCCGCGAUUCGGCCAUGUACCUUUGCUGGUGGACAAGUCUGGACAGAAGCUGAGCAAGCGCAAUGCAGAUAUCGACCUGACAUUUUUUAAAGACAAGCAGGGCAUAUUCCCCGAGACAUUGGUAAACUUCGCCGCUUUACUAGGAUGGUCCCAUACCCAGAAAUCAGACGUUUUCGGUUUGGAGGAACUGGAGCAGAUUUUCAACCUCAAGAUUACUCGCGGAAACACCGUGGUCGCAUUUGAGAAACUCUGGUUCCUUCAAAAGGCCCAUGCGCAGCGAUUCGCCGCGAAUGGUGGUCCUCAGUUCGAUAAACUGACCUCCAUGGUCUCCAAAGCUGUGCAGUCCACAACUCCCACAGAACAACUGGCCAAUAUUCUACAAUCCCGUUCCUUGAACGAAUACGUUACGCCUCUACUCCAGGCAGAUGCCAAGUCAUUCACCAACGCGUCAGAGUUUGUCCAGCGCAACUUCACUUUCUUCACUACCAAGCUCGAACGCCCCGUAUACACCCCUACAGCAGGCUCUACUAUCGCGAUGUCUACUCUCCACACAGCCGCCGCAGCCCUUUGCCUAGUUCCAGAGUCCCACUGGACCGUCGCUACUCACAAAUCCAAUAUUUCGUACUACGACGGGGCAGGAGAAAUCUCAACAACGCCCGGAUCCGGCGAAGGCCAAGAAGAAAAGAUUCGCAUCGCCACCGAAAAGGCUUUCAAAAAGGAGCUAUACCAUUAUCUCCGCUGGGCCCUCUCGGCAGGCGCACCUGGGCCGGGUAUCCCCGAGACGAUGCAGAUCCUCGGCCGUGCAGAGAGUGUCCGUCGACUACAGGAGGCAAUGCACCUAACCACCACAGAUGCGGGGGCUCGCUCUCCAAAUGCUGUUAGAAGGGCCAAGGCUCCGCGACGGUCAGAUCCUAACCCGGAUCUCUCCUGGAUGGGGUCUCUUUCUCCGUCAUCAUAAUGCAGUGUCUUUCUAGUCAUUUGCUCCGUAUAUAUCUAUCUCUCUCUCUCUCUCUCUCUCUCUCUCUCUCUCUUCAGGCGACCUUCCUUGCUUUAGUUUACUUUCCACAUGUAUUAUAAGAAACUUUCCGGAACCAGUCCAUGUAUUUCUAUCAAGAUCACAAUGAUGCUCAACUCCUAUAGCCUAUGCUAAUCAAACUAUGCAUUCAUUUCCAUCGCUGCGACAGUCGCUGAAAAGCUAGUACUCAUUAUCCGGGGACUGACUGUGCAUGCUUUCUCAGCCUCGGCCCAGGAAGUGAUCUGAGAGAUGAGUGGAAGUGAAAAAAAAAAAAAAA